AUGGUGAUCUUGGUCAUGGGACAGCUGGUGUGCCCAAGUAAACCUUCCGGAUCCAAGGCUCCUGAAGAAUCCGAGGAGUCUAUGCAGGUUGAUGCUGCGACAUCUCAGCAGCAGAGGGAGCAUUGCCAAAAGAACAGACUGUGCUUUUACUACGGCAGCCCGCUCAUCAAUACUAUAUCUCAAACAACUGAAACUCCUACGACAACUACAUCACUGACAACAACUGAACCUACCACAACCACUAUAUCCCCUACAACUGAACCUCCCACAACCACUACAUUGCCGACUACAACUGAACCUCUCACAACUACAACAUCUCCAACAACUAAACCUCCUACAACUACUACAUCACCCACUACCACUGAACCUCCCACAACUACACCUCCCACGAAAACUACAUCACUCACUACAACUGAACUUCCCACAACCACUACAUCUCCAACAACCUCACCCAUUACCACUGAAUCUCCCACAACUACUGCAUCAUCCAGUACCACUAAAUCUCCCACAACUACCUUAUCCCAAACAACUGAACCUCCCACGACAACUACAUCACUGACUACAACUGAAUCUCCCACAACCACUACAUUUUCUACAACUACGUCACCUAUUGCAACUGAAUCUCCCACAACAACUACAUCUCCAACAACUGUACCUCCCACGACAACUACAUCACUGACUACAACUGAACCUCCCACAACUACUACAUCUCCAACAACUGAACCUCCCACAACUACGACAUCACCAACUACAACUGAACCUCCCACAACCACUAUAUCGCCAACAACUGAACCUUCCACAACCACCACAUCGCCGACUACAACUGAACCUCUCACAACUACUACAUCUGCAACAACUGAACCUCCCACGACAACUACAUCACUGACUACAACUGAAUCUCCCACAACCACUACAUUUUCAACAACUACAUCACCUAUUACUACUGAAUCUCCCACAACAACUACAUCUCCAACAACUAAACCUCCCACAACAACUACAUCAGUGACUUCUACUGAAUCUCCCUCAACUACAACAUUAUCCACUACCAAUGAACCUCCCACAACUACUACAUCUCCAACAACUGAACCUCCUACAACAACUACAUUGGCCAUUACCACUGAAUCUCCCACACUUACUACAUCUCCAACAACUGAACUUCCCACAACUACUACAUCACCAACUACAACUGAAACUCCCACAACGACUACAUCACAAACAACUGAACCUCCCACAACCACUACAUCACCGACUACAACUGAACCUCUCACAACGACUACAUCUCCAACAACUGAAUCUCCAACAACUACUACAUCACUCACUACCAAUAAACCUCCCACAACCACUUUAUCACCGACUACAACUGAACCUCCCACAACCACUAUAUCGCCAACAACUGAACCUUCCACAACCACCACAUCGCCGACUACAACCGAACCUCUCACAACUACUACAUCUCAAACAACUGAACCUCCCACGACAACUACAUCACUGACUACAACUGAAUCUCCCACAACCACUAACUUUUCAACAAUAACUACAUCACCUAUUACUACUGAAUCUCCCACAACAACUACAUCUCCAACAACUGUACCUCCCACGACAACUACAUCACUGACUACAACUGAACCUCCCACAACUACUACAUCUCCAACAACUAAACCUCCCACAACAACUACAUCAGUGACUUCUACUGAAUCUCCCUCAACUACAACAUCAUCCACUACCAAUGAACCUCCCACAACUACUACAUCUCCAACAACUGAACCUCCUACAACAACUACAUUGCCUAUUACCACUGAAUCUCCAACAACUGAACUUCUCACAACUACUACAUCACCAACUACAACUGAACCUCCCACAACGACUACAUCACAAACAACUGAACCUCCCACAACCACUACAUCACCGACUACAACUGAACCUCUCACAACGACUACAUCUCCAACAACUGAAUCUCCAACAACUACUACAUCACUCACUACCAAUAAACCUCCCACAACCACUUUAUCACCAACUACAACUGAACCUCCCACAACCACUAUAUCACCAACAACUGAACCUUCCACAACCACCACAUCGCCGACUACAACUGAACCUCUCACAACUACUACAUCUCCAACACCUGAACCUCCCACGACAACUACAUCACUGACUGCAACUGAAUCUCCCACAACCACUACAUUUUCAACAACUAAACCUCCCACAACAACUACAUCAGUGACUUCUACUGACUCUCCCUCAACUACAACAUCAUCCACUACCAAUGAACCUCCCACAACUACUACAUCUCCAACAACUGAACCUCCCACGACAACUACAUCACUGACUACAACUGAAUCUCCCACAACCACUACAUUUUCAACAACAACUACAUCACCUAUUACUACUGAAUCUCCCACAACAACUACAUCUCAAACAACUGUACCUCCCACGACAACUACAUCACUGAUUACAACUGAACCUUCCACAACUACUACAUCUCCAACAACUAAACCUCCCACAACAACUACAUCAGUGACUUCUACUAAAUCUUCCUCAACUACAACAUCAUCCACUACCAAUGAACCUCCCACAACUACUACAUCUCCAACAACUGAACCUCCUACAACAACUACAUUGCCCAUUACCACUGAAUCUCCCACACUUACUACAUCUCCAACAACUGAACUUCCCACAACUACUACAUCACCAACUACAACUGAACCUCCCACAACAACUACAUCACAAACAACUGAACCUCCCACAACCACUACGUCACCGACUACAACUGAACCUCUCACAACCACUACAUCUCCAACAACUGAAUCUCCAACAACUACUACAUCACUCACUACCAAUAAACCUCCCACAACCACUUUAUCACCGACUACAACUGAACCUCCCACAACUACUAUAUCUCCAACAACUGAACCUCCCACAACUACGACAUCACCAACUAGAACUGAACCUCCCACAACCACUAUAUCCCCAACAACUGAACCUCUCACAACUACUACAUCUCCAACAACUGAACCUCCCACAUCUACUACAUCACCGACUACAACUGAAUCUCCAACAACUACUACAUUAUCCACUACCACUGUACCUCCGACAUCUACUACAUCUCCAACUACUGAAUCUCCCACAAAUACAUCACCAACUUCAACUGAUUCUGCCACAACUACUACAUCAUCCACUACCACUGAACCUCCCACAACUUCUAUAUCUCCAACAACUGAACCUCCUACAACAAAUACAUCACCCAUUACAACGGAUACUCCCACAACUACUAAAUCUCCCAUAACUGAACCUCCCACAACUACUACAUCACCAACUACAACUGAACCUCCCACGACAACUGUAUCACUGACUACAACUGAACCGCCUACAACCACUUUAUCUCCAACAACAACUACAUCAUCCAUUACCACUGAACCUCCCACAACUACUACAUCUCCAACAACUGAACCUGCCACAACAACUACAUCACCGACUACAGCUGAGUCUCCCACAACUACUAUAUUAUCCACAACCACUGAACCUCCCACAACAACUACAUCUCCAACAACUGAACCUCCUACAACAACUACAUUGACCAUUAACACUAAAUCUCCAACACUUACUACAUCUCCACCUCUCACAACGACUACAUCUCCAUCAACUGAAUCUCCAACAACUACUGCAUCACCCACUACCACUGAACCUCCCACAACUACUUUAUCACCCACUACGACUGAACCUCCCACAACUACUUUAUCACCCACUACGACUGAACCUCCCACAACUAUUACAUCUCCAACAACUGAACCUCCCCCAAGUACGACAUCCCUAACUACAACUGAACCUCCCAGAAACUCUAGAUCGCCGACUACAACUGAACCUCCCACAACUACAACAUCUACAACAACUGAGUCUCCUACAACAACUACAUCACCCAAUACCACUGAAUCUCCUACAACUACUAAAUCUCCAUCAACUGAAUCUCCAACAACUACUGCAUCACCCACUACCACUGAACCUCCCACAACUACUUUAUCACCCACUACGACUGAACCUCCCACAACUACUUUAUCACCCACUACGACUGAACCUCCCACAACUAUUACAUCUCAAACAACUGAACCUCCCCCAAGUACGACAUCCCUAACUACAACUGAACCUCCUAGAAACUCUAGAUCGCCGACUACAACUGAACCUCCCACAACUACAACAUCUACAACAACUGAGUCUCCUACAACAACUACAUCACCCAUUACCACUGAAUCUCCUACAACUACUACAUCUCCAAUAACUGAAUCUCCCACAACUACUACAUUACCCACCACCACUGAACCUCCCACAACCACUUUAUUACCGACUACAACUGAACCUUCCACAACUACUACAUCUCCAACAACUGAACCUUCCACAACUACUACAUCACCAACUACAAUUGAACCUCCCACAACCACUAUAUCCCCAACAACUGAACCUUUCACAACUACUACAUCUCCAACAACUGAAUCUCCCACAACUACUACAUCACCCACUACCACUAAACCUCCCACAACCACUAUAUCACCGACUUUAACUGAAUCUCCAACAACUACUACAUCAUCCACUACCACUGAACCUCUGACAACUAUUACGUCUCCAACAACUGAACCUCCCAGAACAACUACAUCACAGACUACAACUGAAUCUUCCACAACCACUACAUCAUCCGCUACCACUGAAUCUCCCACAACUACUAUAUCUACAACUGAACCUCCUACAACAACUACAUCACCCAUUACAACUGAAACUCCCACAACUACUAAAUCUCCCAUAACUAAAUUUCCCACAACUACUACAUCACCAACUACAACUGAACUUCCCACAACAACUAUAUCACUGACUACAACUGAACCGCCUACAACCACUAUAUCUCCAACAACAACUACAUCACCCAUUACCACUGAACCUCUCACAACUAGUACAUCUCCAACAACUGAACCUCCCACAACAACUACAUCACCGACUACAGCUGAAUCUCCCACAACUACUACAUCAUCCACUACCACUGAACCUUCCACAACUACUAUAUCUCCAACAACUGAACCUCCUACAACAACCACAUCACCCAUUACCACUGAAUCUCCCACUACUACUACAUCACUAACUACAAAUGAACCUAUCACAACCACUAUAUCUCCAACAACUGAACCUCUCAGAACUUCUAUAUUGCCAGCUACAACGGAAGCUCUCACAACUACAAAAUCUCCAACAACUGAAUCUCCCACAACCACUUCAUUACCGACUACAACUGAACCUCUCACUACUACAAUAUCUCCA